GUCGAUCUGGGGAAAUGUUGGAGUCGCACAGAGGUCGUCCGAGUUUCUUCCGUGCUCGGAUUCUCGGUGUUGGAGUCCGAGAUGCGACAGAAAAGAGUUUGUGCGAAAUUUUGGAAUCGAUUUUCGGGAGGCAGGUACAGUACCAUGCAAGGGGAUGGGCACGCGACGUGUGAAAGUAUUAGCCCGCUGCAGCAAACAGCGAUUUUGAUUGCGCGGCCUGGCAAGUGUGUACGUCUGCAGGGCAAGCUCGGGUGUGGGAUGCCGUGUGGCGCUUUCAUGGUUUUCUGUUUAUCGCACCACGAAAGUUUGCAAUCCGAAGAUGCGAAAGAGAGAAGUGUUAAGAAAUUGGGAAGGUGGCCUGGGUUGGAUGUGUCCAAGACGUGAAUGCUAUGGCUAUGUGAAAGAAGAGUCGCGAUGUGCAAAGACGCUAUCGACAAUGCGCGUCGUGUGGUAUCGUGUAAAAAGCAGAAUGCUCUUAUGCUAUGGAAAGAGAAGUUCCCAAACGCCGUCGCUGAAAAAGCGCAGUCAUCAACAGGACUCGGCGAGAGUCUGUAUGUGCAAGGAAAAACAGGGGUAUGCAAGAAUUGUCGUUAUGAGGUCAGGUCGGAUGGAUGUGUUAUUGGCCUGUUCAAUCGAGGACGGCCUUGUAUCGCAGCAGCGUCGACAGUAUCUGCUUGUAAACCCGGUCUUGUCGAGCCGGGGAGAUGGCCUCCGUUCUUUGAGCUCGAAGGACGCCCACUGUUCUUCGCGUAGACGAUCUUGUGGGUGGGCCUGCCACCACCAGUCGCUCCGUUUAAAGAGUUUGGCAUGCUAUCACAAAAGAAAAUGUUAGGGCUUGGACUCAAGAGCCUUGAAGUUGCUGUUGCCUGUUUUCUUCGUUGAGCCCCUG